GGUACUGCCCCGGGAAAGCCCCGGCGGCCGAGCUGGCGCUGGCGGAUAAAAGGGCGGCGGGCGCCGGGCAGGGCACCGCUCUCCGCCUCUCCCAGCCCUCGCCCCCGCACCCACAUCAGCAUGAGCCGCGUCCUGCUCCUUGCCGCCCUGCUGGCCGCCUGCGCCGCGCUCUGCCGGGGGGCGCCCGUGACCGGCGAGCUGCGCUGCCAGUGCCUGCAGACCGCGUCGGAGCGCCUGGGCCCGCGGCGCCUGGCCCACGUGGAGCUCAUCGCCGAGGGGCCGCACUGCCCCGUGCCCGAAGUCAUCGCCACCCUGAAGGACGGCCGCAAGCUCUGCCUCAACCCCGCGGCGCCCUGGGUCCAGCUCAUCGUCAACAAGAUCCUUCGGUAGGGGGCCUGCCACGCUAUGAGGGAAGAGGUGCAAGUGAAGAAGUAGCUACACAUGAGCCCGUCUGUGUCUGGAGGAAGACCUGUUACCGGAAAACUGUCAUGGUGACCUCCUGCUCAGCAGGGGCCUGAUCCACCAGGCAUUCCUGUGAUCCACCUCUCCAAGCCUCAACAUAAUGCUUGUAUUUAUUGCAACCAGUUCUUACCUAUGUAUUUAUUAACACUACUAAGUAUUUAAUCCAUCUGUCCCCUGGGUAUCGGCUGUUGGGCACAUGCCUUGUAUCUUGAUGCACUUCAAUCAGUUAAAGAAAUCUCUGACCUUGUGCUCCGUAAAUACUCUGCUGGUUGCUAGGGUCGAUCAGGAGCAGUAGUGGUACAGGAGAAAACUGAUUAGUAAUCUGCUGUCUCUUGUAGAUGACUCCUUACUUUGGGGUGUCUGAUCCUUGUAGGUCAUGAGGGCUGAUAUUGGGGAAUCGGUGCCUUUCACAUUGUGAAUGGGCAAAUCACUAGAUUUUCAGAUCCUGCUGAUGGCCAGUACUUCGCACUUGCAUGUAGGGGCACAAGAUUUUCAGGAUUGCAAAGAACUGGAGCAAGCACAGUAAUACACUACAGUCCUAAAAUCUGUUGCCUUGUAAACCCAUGUGUUCCUUGGGGGCACAGGCUUGUUUGUCUGAUUGCUAGUCUGUUUUGCAAGCUAUCAUUAUUGAUUGUUUUGUAUAGUCCUUUAAUCAUAGGAGCAAUGGCCAUCUUAAUGCAGCCCAAGUUUUCACAAUCUAAUCUUGCCUCACUGUAUUUAAGUGACCCACGUGAACGUGUAACUUUUUUUUUUAUUCACUGGUAUUUAGUGUCUCUCUCUUCGAAGAUCACUUCAUAAAAAGAACACUUGUGGGGUUUUUUUUGUUUGUUUGUUUUUAAAGUUAAGUAUUUGGUAUUUAUACUGGAGGUUUAAGAACAGUAAUGUUCUGAAGAGCCUUAGACAUUCUAUGUCUUUUUUGUAUGGCAUACUGUCAUUUGGUAUAGUGAUGUUCCUACUUCUGUACUAAAAUAUAAUAUUUAUGUAAAAAUGCAAUGAUAAUAAAACUAAAUGUUUCCAUA